GUGCAGCAGGAAGUCAAGCUGUAUCUCCGAACUGCGCAUGCGCCGCAGCUCUCCUCAAUCUAUCGCUGCGUUUCUCUCCAUAAAACGAUGAACGUACUCCUGGAUAGCUGUCCUAUGAAAGCAGCCCCCCCGUGCUCUCUGCUCUGAGCGUGAUGGCGACCGCCGGAGAGGUGACGGUGUCCUUGGCCGAGGUGGUGAUGGUGAAGGCUGAAGACUGUGACCCCGAUGACCCCAACAAGACUCAGGUCAUCCUCCAGCUGCAGUCCAUCCCCACCGGAGAAGAAUCUGCUGAAACAGACGCAGCCGUCAUGACGGUUGAAGCACAUGAAGAACAAACUGACGGAGAUGACGUUGAAAUCGGCUGUCCCAUAACCUGCGGAGACUGUAAAGCUUUGCUGCUGGUGAAGAAGUUUGUUUGCCCGGGAAUCAACGUUAAAUGUGUAAAGUAUGAAGACCAGCUAAUCAGCCCCAAGCAGUUUGUGCACAUUUCUGGAAAAGCCACUCUGAAGGACUGGAAGAGAGCCAUCAGGAUGGGGGGGGUCAUGCUGCGAAAAAUGAUGGAUUCGGGUCAGCUGGACUUCUAUGAGCACAACACGCUGUGCACCAACACGUGUCGCAGCACCAAGUUCGACCUUCUGAUCAACAACACACGCUUCCCCCCCGACGGCACAGGCACCUCCUCUCAGGCUCAGUUGAUUCUGGGUAACGGCAGCACGGCGGGCGAGGACAAAGCCGAGACUCUGAGUGCCAAGAUGGACUGGAUCACCAGUUCACUGGAGGCUGCAGAGAAGAAGGAGACCAGCGAGAUCUCAGAGGACACGCUGAACUUCUGGAAGGGCAUUGCUGAUGUGGGUCUGCUGGGAGAGGUGGUGACCAACAUCAGCACGGAGCUGCAGGAGCUGCUGAACGGGGUGAAGCAGCGCAGGGAGCCGGCGGCCCUACAGGACACAGAUUCCUGUCUGGUAGAGGUGGCGGUGCUCAGUAACCUGGCUCAGGUGUUCGGCCUGCUGGACUCAGUGAAGAGGAUCGUGGAGACAAGGAGGCAGCAGACGGACCCGAGCCAGGAGCAGGUCCUCUGCACGCUCAGCAACCUGGAGGUGCAGCUGGAGGACCAGAGGAAGCAGCAGCAGGUCCGAGCUCUGCUCUCCUGCCCUCAGCCCGCGGCCAAAACAAAAACCCCCCCCAAGCGUCCGCCCAAACGCCCCCGCCUGCAGAGACCCGCUUCCACCAGCGCCACCAUCCUCUCCUCCCCCAUCUCCCAGCAGCAGACCCUGCAGCCCCAGCAGUUCACCGUGCUCUCCCCCAUCUCCCUCACCUCCAUGGGGCAGCCCUUCACCAUGGCCGGCCUCUCCUCCUCCAACACCGUCACGCUGCUGCCCGCCGGCUCGCAGCUCUUCACCCGCUAUAUGCUGGCCGGGGACGGGAAGACGGACACCAUCACGCUGCACCCGUCCUCCGGCCUCACGCUGCUGGGCACCGCGCUGCAGGACUCGGGGCAGCUGGGCACCAUGGUGAGCCCCGUGGAGCUGCUGCAGCUCACCCAGCAAGGGGGCGGAGAGGGGAUGGCCCUCGAGGGACAGAUGGUGGACGGAGCCAUGCUGGUGCAUCACGAGGGCGAGGUGGGACAGGAGCACACGGUCAUCGAGAUCAACCCGGCGCCCAUGGAGCAGGCGGUGGGCGUGAUGGAGCUGCAGCUGAGCGGGGACUCGGGUCAGGACGCCAUGAUGAUGCAGACCGGCAUGGAGGAGACGCAGUGCCAAAUGCAGGAGGUGCAGACUGGGGGGGUGGAGGGGCUGCAGCUGGACGCCAGCGGACAGCUGUCGGGCGUCCAGAUCGUGGUCAUAGAGGACAACACUCAGGAAGAACACAAGGACAAAUGAGACUCUCUUAUUUUAUCCCGCGGACUGUCAGACUGUAAAUACUGAAUCUCCGAAUCCACUCUUUGCCUUGGCCUAAGACCAAGCUCUAGGGGAACAGUCGACCUGCCAGCAAUGUGAACCCGGAAAUGUUGAGUACCCCACAUUUUUAUGUUAGAAUGCAGUUUUGAGUGCCCUAAAACGCUCAAGUGGACCCAAAUUCAUCAAAACCAGUCCCCGGGAGUACAGGUACGGCCACUUUCUGGUUAAAACUGCCCUGAAAAUGGCAGAAAUUAAUUCAACAUCCUCAAUAACUAUUGUAUGUAUAUGCUCAUUAAUGCUUAUUAAUGCAACUUAUGGUAAUUUUGCAUAUUGCCCAACUUGUGAAAGUUAGCUGGGAACCCAUACUUUAUAUUUCUUACAUAAAAACGUUGGGGUACUCAACAUUUCCGGGUUCACGACAGGACUCUAUGAGCUGGUGAAUAGACUAGUAGUCAGCCAUUUUUCCUUUUUUUGGUGUGUGUGUGUGUGUGUGUAUGUGUGUGUGUGUGUGUGUACAUGCUCCCUUAACAUUUGUAUUGAAACAAAGAGGCUUCACAACAACAAAUAUUCUGUUGCUUAUAUCAGUUUUGUAUUUUAAGUACAAUUGCGGUUUAUUACAACUUGAAGUAUUAGUAGUUUUGGCUCUGAUUUCUAGCUGUUAUAAUGACAUUGUACUCAUCAGGUUACAUACUGAGAUGGGGCAGAACAAAAAUCCAGAAAUCUCACAAAAAAUGUGUGUUUGUGUGCCCACAGUUUUCCUGUACGAUGAUUCCCAACAUGUUGCGUGUUCACUUGCGGUUUUAUUAAAAGGGCUGGAUUAGAAUUUCCUUAAACACAGUUUCCCAUCAGGUCCAUUUGCUCCAUAGCUGUGAGGAGACUGAUGUCUGAUUCGGCAAGAACAUGUUAACAUGCUAUUUUAAGGGAUAAUUACCUUGGGUACAGAUUUAGAGCUAAAAGGAAUACUUCCUCAUCACCAAAAUGACCAUUUGUAUAUCAACAACUCUCCCUGAACUCUUGGAGAAUAGUUUCUUACAUGCUUCGACAGUGAACGAAAAAUCUCCAAACGUAUGAAAGUCUGGAUGAAUCCAAGUAAGACGGGACCUCGUAAAACAAAACAUACAUUUACAAACUAACUUACGCAGACAAAUUCAAGUCUCAUUUGUACAGUUCUGUGCUCAUAUUGCUGUUACUACCAACCGUUAACAUUUUAAAGAGAUGUACAGUAUAAUUAGCCUGAUGUCUAACCUUUAUUUUGGUCAUGAUGGUGCUUCACAUCCACAUUUACAAUACAAAAUCUAUAGUGCAAAACACUAAAGUAAUCUGUCUCCCUGCUCGUGUGUGUUGCCCUUAUCUCAUCAGGGACCUUUAUCAGUACAAUGUCUUUUAAAACAUAUAGAAAUUGUUGCUAAAACUCCAAAACCACCCGAGUUGUAAUGAUGUGGAAUCCUCCUUUAAGCCACGUGAGGACAGAAGAGCCCUUCAGCUGUAGACACUCCACACCUUUCACUGUUGAUCAGACUCAUUACCGGGGACAGUGUUGGUGUCGCUGAGGCACCGUGGGAAGAAUUGCACUGUUUGUAUCGUGGUGUGUUGUUUUGUCUGUCUGUGACGACAGGAAGACGUUUGCCUGCUCUCGGAACAUUUCUUUAGGAUUGUUUUUAAUGUGCAUAGUUUAAUGAAAACUCCUCUCUGGAAACGCUCAUGCACUUGUUCUCUCAGUGUUUUUUUUGUAUCAUCCUCACACUCCAUGCAUUUCCUUCACCCAUUUCAGUAUGAUAGACAGUGUGAGCUACUGGGCUUUAAGUCAAUAUAUAAAGUUAAUGUCAAACUAGGUAUGCAUUUUUUUUACACUUGUAGAAGUAGUGUUAUCAUAUUUAUUGGUUUGCAGACUAAAGUCAUGGGCCUCUCUGUUUAAACAUGGGUUAAUUGAUGGUUCAGGCUCGCAUCAACACAGUCCGGUUCUAUCAUUUCUUAUUAUUUAAUUUAACAAAUGAGGUUAUUUGCAUACUGACUUUGUAAUGUGUUUUAAUAUCAGAUUAAAACAGAAAAAUAA